AUGUCCGGAGCAGCCACUUUAGGCCUGCCACUAAUUAAAGAAGAACCACAAGAAGGUAUGAAUUUAUCUUGUAGUGAAGUUGAUCGAGAAAUUAAAGUAGAAUAUGAAGACGAACUUGAGUGCUUUCUUACCCAACAAGAUUUUCACAUAAACAAAGAGCCCAGUUCUCCUGAGAUUGUCCAUUCGAAUAAUCAUGCUGACACAACCGCCUUAAAUUGUGAACCAACAAUCGAUUUUAACUAUCGGAAACUUUCAGGCCAAAUACAAUACAAGAACUUCUUACACAACUUAAAGAAAGAAGAUCUCUUUUCACAAGACUUUAAAUGUGUACUGUGCGCCUUUACGACAACACGAAAAGCAUAUUUAGCCAAACAUGUGAAAGGACGCCACAGUUUAGAAGAAUUCACGUGUAAACAAUGUCAUUACGUUACAAAAUGUAGGGAAAAUUUGAUAUUCCACAUUAAAGUACAUCACGAUUCGAAUGAAUUUAACUGUUUUCAGUGCGACUAUCGCACUAAAUGCAAGAAAAACCUAAUUCGACAUACGAAAGGACGCCACGGAACCGAGAAAUUUAAUUGUGAACUGUGCCACUUUACCACCACCUGGAAAUCAAAUUUAUGCGGUCACAUAAGAAACUGUCACAGUUUGGUUGCCUUUCAUUGUAAACAGUGUGACUUCACCACAAAGUCGAAAAUAUACUUGGUAAAGCAUGUGAAUAUAUGUCACGGUGCGGAGAAGUUCCAUUGUGAACAGUGCCAUUUUGUUACAAACACGAAAAUAAACCUAACCGGUCACGUCAAGUCGCAUCACGGGGUGGACGAUUUCGAGUGUCCCCAUUGCGAUUUCGUCACCAAAUUAAAAUCGUACCUACUCAAGCAUGUGAGACUACGUCACAGUUCCGAAGAUUUUACGUGCCAGGUGUGUAAUUUCGCAGCGACAUCGAAACGAAACCUCUUGGGUCACGUGAAAGUCCACCACAGUUUGGAGAAAUUCAGGUGCACAUGGUGCGACUUCUCCACCAAGUGGAAGCCAAGCCUGAACAAGCACGUGAAGGUCUACCACAGUUCGAGCGAGGAAUUUAUUUGUGAACGUUGCAAUUUUACGACGAAAUGGAAAGAGAAUUUGAGGCGGCACGUUACGGCAUGUUACAAUUUGAAGAAGUUUAAAUGCGGACUGUGCAAGUUUACGACGAACUGGAAAACUAAUUUAGGGAAACAUACAGGGCGACAACACGGAGCUGAGUGA